AUGGUGGUCGAUAUUGCUCAACAGCAACAGCUGACUGAGGUCUUCACCACUAAUCAUUGCCAUCAUCGAUCAUCGUCAACACAUAGACGAAGUUCAACAACGAUAAAUAAUACAUCUUCAUCGGUAUCAAAUAAUGCAACAAUGACGAAUGGACAUCGAUAUUUGUCUGAUGAACUCGGCAAAAAAGCUGAACAAAUUCUUGGACAUGCAACUGCUUUUUUAGAUUGUCGUAGACAAUCAAGUAUAGAUUUUCAUAUUCAACAUCCUCCUCGAUUAAAUAUUACUGAAUCAAAAUCGAAUAUACCAUCACGUAGUAAUAUAUCAAAUACGGCUUCUUCAACUACUGUACAUAAUUCAUUGAUAACAACAUCUACUCCAUCGACUAAUACAAUUAAUUCUGAUAAUUCGAUUGGAAAGAAUAAAAAUUUGGUAACUGUUGAACGUCUUGCUCCACUUAUUUUACAACUAGUCGCAACACCUAAAUUUAUGAAAUUACCUGAAACAAUAUCUAGGCAUCAAUCAAAUUCAAAACCUAUAAAAAAUGUUAUGGAAAGUCGUGAAAUGACUCUUGCUUUACAUCAAGAAAGUGUUCUUAAACUCAGUGAUGAUGAGAAUGAAGAAGACGAUGAUGAUACUAUCAAUCAUACAAACACAGUAUUGGCUGAAAUAAUUGACAAUAAAUUAGAUAAAAACAACUUAAAUCAAAAUAAUAGUAAUGAUAAUCAUCUUCCUCAUUCAUAUGAGAAUCAAAUUGAACCCCAACAUUCCGGUAUAAGUAGUAGUCCGUGUCAAGAAGAAGAUGGAGACAGUGAAGCUGAAGACAGUGAUAAUCAAGAGACUGCCCACAGUGAUGCCGAGAAUGAUGAUGGAACAAAUGAAACGAAUCCACAUACAUUUUCAUUAAUGGAUUUUGUACGUGGAAAGGAAAUAAUACAUUCUGAACCUGUUAAUUCUUCAUUAAAACAUUCACCAAAAUCAUUAUCAAAUAUAAAUAAACGUAGUAUAUCACCUGAAAUAAAACGUGAUAAUAAUAAUCAUGUACAUAAUUCUGAAGAACAUCAAAAUAAACGUAAAAAAUUUCUUAUCAAACGAGCAUUAUUAAAAUCAUUUAUAUCAUCUGUAAAUACUAAAAUUAAUUUAAAACGACCUUCACUUUCAAUAACCAUUCCGACACAUCUGUUUUUGGAUCAAACAUUAUCUGAUUCUAUAAAGCAAGAAGUUGAUCAACAUGUUGAACAACCACAACGAAUAUCAAAACGAUACGCUGAUGGUUUACUUAAACAUGAUACAAAUGCAGAUGUUAUCGAUAAUUUAUCUUCAUUAAACAAUCAAACAAAUACAAUAAAUGGUACACAUCUAAAAAAAAAUAAAACUAGUCAUCAUGUACAAGAAAAAUCUAUGUAUAAGCAAGAAUCAACAACUAUUAAUUCAACAACAAUAGAAAAGAAUGAGCCAAUUAUAAUUUGCAAUACAACUUCAACAAAUGAUAUAGAUAAUAAAAUUCGUCCAACAUUAGUACCACCACCACCACCAACAACAACAACAACAAUAACAACACCAAUUAGUAAUUCAAUAAUACCAUCACAACCUAAAAAAGAAAAACCAACAGCUAAUGUUAAACCACUUCAACAAUCAACACCAAUUGAUAAUUUAUCUUCAACAAAUUCAAUAAAUAAUGGUAUAAAUAUAUCUGAAAAUUUAACAACAACAAGUACACGAUCAAUGCUUCCAUCAACAAAAGCAAACUAUACAAAAUUAAAAAAUAUGUCAAAAACAGAUUUAGCUUCAUUAGCACGAAAGAAAAAGAAACAAGCUGAUCAUGGUAAACGAACAACAUUUGAAGAAGCACGAGAAGCUAUGGGUUUAUAUCUUGAAUCAGUUUGUUAUUUUAUUCAAUGUGCUAAUGAUGAACCAAAACAAGAUCAACGUACUUCAUUAUUAACAACAACAUUAACUAUGCUACAACAACUUGCACAAAAUUAUAAAAAAAUGUUUUGUUUAUCAAAUUCAACUCAAUCACGUGAUUUAUAUAGUCUUCAACAAAAAUUUCUUUUAAUUAAUUAUUGGCUUCAAUCAUUUAUUUAUCAUUUACAAUUUAAUACAAAUAUGCCAACUAUUGAACGAUGUGCUAAUCAAGUAACGGAUUAUUUUACUCAAUUAAAAAAUCCUUCAUCAGCUGCAUCAUUAAUACGAACAACAAAUAUGAAUAUCCAACAACAACAACAAUCAACACUUCUUAAUGAUAAUAAUCCUAUAUCACCAUUAUCAACAACAUCACAAGCAAGUUCAUCAGAUAUAAGUACAACAAGUGGAAAUAAUCAAAAUGAACAACAUCGUUAUAUAUAUGAUUUUUCAAAAUUAAUGUUAAAUUCAUAUUAUUCAACAUAUUAUUGGAAUAAAGCUGAAAGUUUAAUGCAUGAAAAACCAUUGAAAGAAUUUAUUGAACAGUUGUUGAAACAAAAUCAAAAUCGACGUUUAACUCGUGAUGAUACAACAUUAGACUUUAUAUUGUAUAUUUUUGAUGCCAUCGAGUUGUUACGUUUAAGUGUUGCUUAA